AUGGCAAGCACCACCGUCGCGGGGCAGAACUAUGAUGUCCGCAUCGAAGUCAUCUCCCAGUCCGAGGACUUUACUCAAGUCACCGAGGUCGUCCGAGACGCAUUCGGUCACCAAGCUCGUGAUGGUGUCUACCUGUCCAUGAACCCCGGCUGGGAUACGCCGGAAGGCGUGGUUCGCGGCGCCGGUCGCAUGGCUAACCGCUUCAAAACCAUCAACCAGAACAACAAGGGCGACCCCAAUGUCGUCUUCCUCAAGGCCACCCUUCCGGAUCCCGAAAAUGCCGGACAGCGCAGAAUCGUAGGCAUGGCAAUCUGGGCACAGCAGUCCGCCAUUGAAGGUCACGGCGAGCAGCCACCGAAAGACUUGAUCAAGGAGCUCGGGCUGGAGUCCAUCUUCCCCGGCAACGAAGCCGAGCAGCGAUACGCCGCAGCCUGUAUGGGAUCGCUGCACAAGCGACGUGAGGAGGUCAUCGCAGAGAAGGCGACGGCGGCUGAGCCGGCAGUGUUCGUGCUGGACAUGUGCGCCGUGGAUCCCAAGUUCCAGGGUAAGGGCAUCGCCAAGAAGCUGGUUCAGUGGGGUCUCGAUGAGGCGAAGCGACGUGGCGGGCUUGAGCUACUCUUGGAGGCGUCAAGUAUGGGUAGACACGUGUAUUCCAAGCUGGGUUUCAAGCAAGAAGGUCCAGAGAUCGAAUAUGACGUUGAAGAGCAAUUCGCGCACCGAGACAGACCUUCGAAUAUUUUCAUGAGGACUGGAGACGGCCAGUGA